AUGAAAAAAGUAAAGGAGGCAUUUGGUAAUGUUUAUCAAGAAAUAAAAACCGAUGACAACGCUUCUCUUGCUCUAAAAAUAUAAAUAACAUUAAAGGAUAAUGAAAAAAAAAUAUUACAGAUUCUUAAUGGAAAAAAAACUGAACAUAUUAUUUAGAUAUUUGCUUUUGAAGUUCAUAAAGAUGGAAUUUUCACAAUUAUGGAACUUGGAGAAAAAAUUAAUUUUAACAUCGACUCUAAAAAACGCAAAAUUUGUUUGUAGGUAAAAAAUUUGAAAAUUUUCUUAGGGGGCAAAAGGUGUUCGAGAAUUCCAUUAAUUAGGAUAUUUUCAUAGAGAUAUAAAACCCGAAAAUUUUGUAAUUUCAAGGAUAAGAAAAUCAAAUUAAUAGAUUUUGGAACCUCAAAAAAGAUUUCGUAAGAGAAAUAUUUUGAGUCAAUUCAAACUUAAAAUGAAGGAACUAAUUUUUAAAUGGCACCUAAAGUGUUUACUACAAAAGAUUAUGACAUUUGGUCUUUGGGGUUGGUCUUUUAUGAAAUUUUUACAAAUGAAACAUUUUUUGAAACUAGUAACAACGAAUACUCAGCAAAUUCUCUAAAUAACACAAACACAGAUAUAAAAAAAAUUAAAGGAAAAAGAAAAGAAGAAUAAAAUCAAUAAAGAAUAAAGAGAAUUAUUAGAGAAAAUGAUUAUUUCAAGAUUAGAUGAAAAUUUAUAAAUAAUUAAAUCAAUAAAUAGAAUAAGUAUUUUGAAGUAGUUGAUCAUAUAGAAUAAUUCAAUAGUGAUUUGAAAUAAAUUUAAACUGAAAAAUGUAAGAUUUAUAUGACAUUUUAAUAUCUUCAAAAUAUAUAGAUUUAUAAACAUUUGGUGUGGUAGUUGAAAAAUCUAAAAAGGAGAGAAGUACAGACAUUUUUUAAUUUCUUUAAAAGCAUGUUUAAGUUACAAAAAAAAUUAAAUAAAAUGAGUUCAAUAGAAAUAAUUAUUCAGUUUACACUUAUGAAUAAACUAGACUUGAAUUAAUUAAAAAAAUUAAAAAAGAAAAAAAGAUUAUCGAAUUUCUAAAAUUUUUAGUUAAACUCACUGCUAUUGAUAGGGAAUUCAUUUAAAGAACGACUUUAGCAUCAUGUAGUUAGGAUAAGUCAAUCCGUUUAAGAGUGUAUAAUAAAAAGCGUAAAUAGAUGGUCAUACUUAAGCUUCAGUAUGCUUUCCAUCCGUUUAUGGGAUGUUAAGAAAGAAGAAUAAAAACUAAAAUUGGACGGUCAUAAUAGUACUGUACUAUCAGUUUCCUUUUCACCAGAAGGAACUUUAUAAGCUUCUGGUAGUGGUGAUAAGUCAAUACGUUUGUUGUAAGUAAAGAAUGGAUAAUAAAUAGCAAAAUUGGAUGGUCAGACAAACACUGUCUUUUCAAUAUGCUUCUCUCCAGAUGGAAUUAUGCUAGCUUCUAGUAGUUAAGAUUAAUCUAUAUGAUUAUGGAAUGUUAAGACUGGAUAAUAUCUAUAAAAUUCUAAUAAAAAUUACAAAGACCUUCUUGUUAAAUACAAAACACCCUUAGAUUAAAAAUCUCUUGAUGAAUGUAGAAAUUCUUAAUUUUUUAGGGUCCUAAAAUCUUAAUACUCUCCUUAUAUCCCAAUCGGCUAUAAUUCAAGCACAAGGAGCACUUAUUUUUCAAGAAUAAUUCGAGAAAAAUUAAGGAAUAGAUUUAAGUCAAUUAUUAAAAUCUAAAGGAAGUUAUUUUUUGGAAAAAAAAUAAGCAAAUCAAAAAACCAGAAUUGAAAUUAUUAAUCCCAUUUCAAAUAUUCCUAAUUACAAUUAUUUUUUCAGAGUUUGCCAAUAAUGUAGAACGUUUGGAGAUGCAUUCUUAGCAGUCAAAGCGGGGAAUCUUUAUUAAGGAAAAAAGGAUACCCUCUAAGUUGAUUUUGAAUUUACAAUAAAAUUAUAUGUCCUAUGUAAAAAAUAAUUUAUUAACAAUCAUAGAAUAUAUAGAAGGUUGA